UCAAAGGGCGCUCAGCUGCCAUGGCAACGGCUGUGGCGGCUUUUUACCGUAACCGAAGCUGAGGUGUCAGCGUCUGGUUAGCAUGCUGGUGGAGUUAGUUAGCUAGUUAGUACGCUUUGACCAGCUCUACAGACUCAGCCCCCGAGGUCAUGACGGCGUAGUGACGUCUGGAGGUGUUUGUCCCGCAGUGACAGCGUCAUGACCGUCCGCUUCAAGAGUCAGAGUGAGUACCAGAGGAGCUUUGGGGUGUCCCGGUCCAGAAGCCUGUCCCCUCAGCGCUGUGGUCCUCUGGCUGGCCUGCGCUCGGACCGCUUCGGUAAGAAGAAUGGAGUGCAUCCUGAAGGGCUCCAGAUACAGUGGUUGGCUUCAGGUAUUAGUAGAGAACCAGGUAUCCAGCGGCGCAAGAGGCUCGGCCCUGGUGCUGUGGCUCAGUUGGGCACUUCUGUUAGUUGUCCAUCAGGUCCACAGCGCUCUCUUUCCGCUCAUGCUCAGAGGAAGGAGCCCUCUGCUGCCUCUAGGAGCUGCUCAGUCCACAGAAAGGAGCCUUCAUUGGAGCCAAAGCCCUCAACCCCUCCGCAACCCAGAUCUACUUCAGAGCCAAAAACCCCAGAUGGACCACGACCUGCUGCAGACCCAGAGCCUGCAGGAAACCCUGGACCACCAGCAGAACAAAUAGCUGCUAGAAAAUCUGUGAAGCUGCGCUCCUCUCAUCCUGACAGCCACUCCAUAACAGCAUUACCUGACGGACAGCAGCCUUCAGCCAACAAGGGUGAGCAUGCCCUGCGGUGGAGGUCGGGGUCUAGAAGUCGAAGGUCUGGAGCUCAGAGGUCAGAGUACCACAGACAGUUUAACUGGAAGAAAGCUGUACCUGCUGCUUCACCCAUACUGACUGCAGAACAGGUGCUGUACUCCACCAGCAGGCCAGUACCCCCCUUUAAGAAAAACCCAAUUCCUUUGGAAACAGAAUACCUUCGGAGCUUCCAGGGUCUGGUCCCACCCACCGGACCCCGUCUUCGGAAACACAUGGAACAUCAGCGAACGCCCCUGUUCCACAUGCAAAAGACUCACAGAAGGAAGAAAGAGGAGUCACAGAAGAAGCAUCGCCCAGCACUGGAUGUCACUCAGACAGACAGCACUAGGCCACAGUCACCCCCUCCACCUGCUCAGAGAAGACAUAGGAUUCUGACAGAGUAUCAGUCCAGCUUUCGUUCUCCCCUCUACAGGAUCCCAGAAGAAGGUGGAGCCGCUGGUGGCGAGGCCCCUCAGGUGAAGGAGCUGAGGGACAAGGCUCAGUCCUACCGCCGCCGGGCCUGGGGCACUAACUUCUCCAGAGAUCACCUGAACCAGCUGCAGUCUGAACACAACACUCUGUGGGAGCCAACGGACUCUUCUACUGAGCCAGCCUCCCCCCACCUCACCUUUGACCUCUGUGAGGAACCGGACAGUUUGGAGGCUCUGGACCUGGCCAGCCGCUCCGGUUGCUCCAGUAAGAGGUCGUCUCUUGUGGGCUCAGCAGAAAUACUCAAACAAAACAGAAGCACACUAAGUAGCCCAGAAACAAAAGCACAGACAGAGCAGAGUCCUGCCAAAAGGCGCACGGCUUGGGGAGAAGAGAAAGGAAACCAGGAAGGAGAAGAAGACGACACGGAUGACGAGGAGGGAAGGCUGCCAACUCCCCGCCUGAAGAUGAGACCAGUUCAGAGAACUCACCAUGACCUCACUACACCUGCCACUGGAGGAGCCAUAAUAGUAGGGAAGCUGAACAGUGAUGAUUUCUUGUCCAAUCAGCAGACAGGUGGGUCACCUGUUUCCAUGGUAGCAAAGAUGGACAGGGCACCGGAUGCGUCAAUCAAACAGCGAGAGGUGUGGUCUGAGAAUAGCCCCACUCACCUGAAGGUCUCUGGCUGCUCCCCCAAUCAUAAACAAGCCUCCAAAGCCAUGAGGAUGAAGCAGACCUCUCCGUCCCCUCUGGCACGGCCCUCCAUGCUCACAUCUCCGCUGCACUGUAUCCAGGGCACUCUGAGACACCCCGACUUCCAGCACAAUGGUGAGCUGGGUCUGAGGUCCAGGGAGCUGCAGUGCUCAGGAGGCGGCUGCGGCUCGGACGAAGACGACCAGCUGUCGGUGAUGUCGUGGCGUUCUGCAGCCUCCUGCUCGGUGGCGUCUGCCAUCCUGGAGCGCGCUCAGAAGAGACGGGAGAACUUCUGGGGGAAGAGAUAACCUCUGACCCUCUGAUCCACAGGGGGUCAAGCUGUUGUAGAGCAGUGAUUAGUUUGAAUAAUGUGUUUUUGUAGGAAAGUUUUAAUUUAAUGUUAGAAGCAACAUUUUAUAGGUGAAAUUGUUACUUUGGUCUAUUUUACAAAGCAGCUUGUUAUUAAAUGCUUUUGUAGAUUUG